ACAAAGUUUUUGCGAAUGUAUUUGGUCCAGGAUGUCUCAGAAUAAGUUACGGGCCAAACUCAAGAUUCUGUGUCAACAAGAUGCUGACCUGGAUGAUGAGAAAGAUUGUGUGCAUCGCUAUCGCAAGUAUUACGGAGGCAGUGAUGGCGAGCAAGAAGGGCAACUCAACAACUGGUUGGAACGAACACGGGCAUUAGGUUGGGUAAAAACCUUAGUAGGUCUUGAUGAUGGAGAACAACAUGAGAAGCACAACUAUUCCUUUAUGCUGUGUCUUAAUCCCAACUCUCCUUACCAACUUAGCAAGAAGGCGAAGUGGAGUUGCAGGAAGAUUGGUGCACUUGUGCAAGAAGCUCGUAGAUCAUUUGAGGACAUCCCACGAGGAGAUCAGAAUGAGGCAGUUGACCGUUUCGAGUACUUAAAGCCGAGGGAGGCUGUUUUGGUCGAGAUUUUGGAGGCAGUGCAAUGUCCUAGCAUCAACACCAUAAGGGUUUACGGAGAUUCUGGUACGGGGAAGACCAUGCUCGUCAGAGAAGUGAAGAGAAUAGCCCAGAAACAGAAGUUAUUUGAUGCGAUUGUUAUGGCAUCUGUGAAGGGGAACCCCAAAAUCCAAGAUGAAAUUGCUCGUGACUUGGGUGUUUCUAAUAAACUUACAGAUCAGGAAGCUUCCAAUCCAGGAAAGGUAAGAAAGCUAACAGAAAAGAAGGUCCUCUUGAUUUUGGACGAUAUUUGGGAGCCAGAAAUAUAUUGGAAGUUGCAUGAAAAACUUCCUUUGGAAGAUGAGAACGAGAACAGGUUAUUAUCUUACAAACUUUUGCUGAUUACUAGAGAUAGCAGCGUUCUUUUUGAUUUAUCUGAAAGACAAUUUGAGAUUAAACCAUUAGAAGAAGAAGAUGCAUGGAUGUUGUUCAAGAAGAUAGCUUCUUACCGAACUGAAAGUUGUAGUUUGCCAUUUUAUGCAAAAGAGAUUUGCAAGAGGUGUUACGGUUUGCCCAUUGCUGUUGCAACACUUGCAAAGGCCUUGAAAAGUGGCAAACUAAGGCGGAAGACUGCUCUACAAAAACUACAAAGCCAGCCAAGCCUUCAUUCACGUUUCAAUUUAAUUUAUGAUGGUUUGCAAAGCUCCGAACUCCAACUAACUUUCCUGCUUUGCAGUCUAAUGGGUCAUAAUGCAGCUGUUCAAGAUUUGUUGAAAUAUACCAUAGGCUUGGACUUAUUCCCAGGAGUCAAAUCCGUGGAGGAAGCACGAGAUGCAUUACUGAAUUCGAUGGCAAAACUCAAAUAUUCUUCUUUGUUGCUGGAUAGUGGUGGUGAUAUGCAUUUUGAUAUGCAUGAUCUUCUCAUGGUAUUUGCCAAAUCAAUUGCUUUUGGAGAAGUUGGACUGAACAACUGGGAGGAAAUGGAGAGCAUCAAAUGGGUGCAUUUAUCAGAUACUAGUGAGCUUCCAACAGAUCGGUUGAACUGUCCGCAGCUCACUUUCUUUCAUUUGUCUAAAGAGGAUCCUUCUAAACCAAUUCCACCAGACUUGUUUACAGGAACUGGAGGGCUCAGAGUCCUGGGUUUGACCAAAACUUGGUCAACGCCUCAGUCAAUUUGCCUUCUAAAUGACCUUCAUACCUUGCGUCUGGAUCAAAGUGUGUUAAGAGAUGCAAACAUGGGCGCAAUUAUAGGGAAGCUAUUGAAUUUGCAAGUCCUCAGCCUUGUGGGAUGUGAUCUCGAAGAGCUGGACGGGCAGAUAGGGCAACUAGCUUACCUAAAGUUGUUAGAUUUGAGUGACUGUACCAAACUCAAAGUAAUUCCACCAGGUAUCUUGUCAAGCUUGUCCAGAUUAGAAGAACUAUAUAUGAGAAACAGCUUCGAUCAAUGGGCGGAGGGAGUUAAGGGGCAGAAAGAGGAAAUUAAUGCUAGCCUUUUUGAGUUUAGGCAAUUAACGAAGCUAACUGCUGUAGAGAUACGAAUUAAUAUUUGCAAUACCCCCAUAACUAAAGGAGACUUGUUCUUUGAAAAUUUGGCAAGAUACAAGAUUUUCGAAGGAGAUAUGUGGCACUCCUGGGAUAGUUAUUGUGGAAGUUCAAAAAUAUUGAAGCUAAAGCUAGACGGAGAUAUUAAUUCUGAGCAUCCAGUUAACAAGUUGCUAAAGAUGACGGAGGAACUACAUCUACAGGGGUUGAGUCAUGUUGAUAGUGUUGUUGAUUACUUAGAUGAGGAAGGUUUUCAAAAAUUGAAGUAUCUCUCUAUCCAAGAUGCUCAUAAAGUUGAAUGUUUGUCAACAAAACCUGCAUUUCCCGUAUUGGAGGUUUUAGCUCUUCGUAAUUUGGAAAACAUGAUGACAAUAUUCAAUUGUUCGAUUACAGAAUCAUGUUUUAGCGAAUUAAGAAGGAUAACGGUUGAAAUUUGCAAUGAACUAAAGAAUUUGUUCUCCUCCUCUAUAGCCAAAAAUCUUCUCCAACUCCGAGAAAUUAGAGUUACAGAGUGCAAAAACAUGAAAGAGAUUGUUGAUGACGAGGAGCAAGGGGGCAGAAUUGACAACGUUGAUGCAACAAGAGAACAACAAACUGAAAAUCAAGCAACAAAAGAACGGAAGGAACUGUGGUCCUUGAGAUUAGAAGACCUACCAGAGUUGAAUGGCUUCAACAGUAGUCGCCAGAGAAAGACACUUUUUGAAGAACAGGUUGCAUCUUCCAGUGCUGGUCAGCAAUUUGGAUCCUUCAGUGCUGGUAAACUGAAGAAAUUGAUCAUUAAGGGAUGUGAUAAGUUGGAAUACAUAUUCUCAUCUUCUAUAGCUCAAGGUCUAUAUGUUCUGGAACACCUUGAAAUAAGGAAAUGCAGGAGAAUGAAAGGGGUCAUUUGUACAGAUAAUAAUGGAGAAGAUAAAAAGAAGUUGAUUUUCCCUCAGUUGAACAUUCUGGAGAUAGAAGACCUUAAAGACUUUGUCAAUUUCUACUCAGGAAAGUGUACUAUUGAAUUCAAAAAAUUGAAGGAACUGCAAGUGUUGAACUGCCCAAAAUUGGAGGGAUUCAUUGCAAACACACAGACACUAUUUAAUGAACAGGUUGAGUUUCCCAACUUGGAGUUUUUGAGGCUAUCUUCACUUAACUAUAAGCAAAUCUGGCACAUUUCAAGUGAGCAAACGGCUUCUGUUAAAAACUUAAAGAAGUUGUUCGUGGAGAGUUGUGGUAAUUUGGAGUAUCUAUUGAGAUCCUCUAUGGUUAAGAGUUUUGAACAACUCAGGGUGCUCAAGAUUUCUGACUGUAAGAUGAUGGAAGAGGUAAUAAAGGAAGACGAUAGGAUGUACGAGAUUUUCUUUCCGAAGCUGGACACCCUAGAACUUGAAGACCUUCCCAAUCUCACAAGAUUCAAGUGCCUUCCUGCUGUCAAUAAUGAAAAUGUAGAAAAUACUUAUAUGUCAUCUCUCUCCUAUGGGAAGGUUGAUUUUCCCAAGUUGUUGAGACUGUCUUCAAUUAACAUUCAACAAAUCUGUGAUCUUUGGACUCCAGAAAUUCCUUCUUCUAUACAGAAUUCAAAAAUCCCUCUUCCUAUACAGAAUUUAAAAAAGUUGUCUGUGGAAGGUUGUGGCAAAAUAAAAUAUCUAUUAACUUCCUCUAUGGUUAUGAGUCUGAAGCAACUCACAAUGCUCAAGAUUUGUGAUUGUGAAAUGAUGGAAGCGGUAAUAGAUUCAAAAGAAUCAAAUCAAGAAACAAUUUUCUUCCCUGAACUGCUCAGCAUAGAAUUCGUAGAACUUCCGAAGCUCACAAGAUUCUGUCAUGCAGAAAGUAGGGACACACUACCUCUCUUUGAUGAAAAGGUUGGGUUUCCCAAGUUGAAGAUUUUAAGCCUGUCUUCAAUUGACAUUCAGCAAAUCUGGCAAAUUUCGAUUCCAAAAAUCUCUUUAGAAAAGCUUUUUGUGAAGGAUUGUGGCAAUUUGAAAUAUCUGUUAUUGUCUUCUAUGGUUAACAGUUUUGAGCAACUCAUAGUGCUCAAGAUUUGUGACUGCAAGAUGAUGGAACAGGUAAUCGGCUCAAAUGAAUUAGUGGACGAAGAAACGAUGUGUGAGAUUUUCUUCUCUAAACUGGACACCCUAGAACUUGAAGACCUUCCUAAACUUGCAAGAUUGUGUCAUGGAAAUUACUCCAAAUUUAAGUUCUCCGAGCUUAGAUGGUUCACCAUAAGCAAGUGUGCUGUGCUGAAGACGCUUAUAGGAGACAAAGGAGUCGGUACUGAAAAUGUGGAAAAUACUUCUACACCAUCUCUUUUCGUUGAAAAGGUGGAAUUCCCUAAAUUAGAGCGGGUGAUAAUCAAGUUUAUGGGGAAUUGGUCCAAGAUAUGGGACGACAAACAUGAUGUGAAUUCUUGUUGCCAACUAAAUUCUCUUACUGUGGAUUCAUGUGAAAAGCUGUUGAAUAUUUUCCCAUUUAGUAUGCUGGAAACAGUACGUCGGAAGCUAGAAACACUGGAGAUACAGAAUUGUGAUUCACUAGAAGAGAUAUUUGGUGCUAGGCAUGAACCACAAGCUCAGAUAACCACUCAGCCAACUAAUUUGGUGGAAACUGUCGAAAAGUUUCUAUUUCCAGAAUUGACACAUAUAAUUCUUUCUAAGCUACCCAAACUGAAAGGCUUCGUCCCUCAAAUUCAUAUUAACGAAUGGCCAUCAUUGAAACAAUUACGGGUGCACGGAUGUGAUGAAGUUCAGAUAUUUGCUUCAGAACACUCAGGUUACCAACUUGAAAUUCCGAUUCAGUGGAUAAGCAAGAGAAUUUUUUUAUACAAAACGAGUGGGAGGAUAUGUUACCUGCUACCAGCUAGGUUCCUCGUAAUUCAGAAUGGCGAAAAUCCUGUGUGUUGGAGGUGGUUCAAACCUGAUCCUAGGUUCCCUGAGGUUGCAGAGCUUCUUUCUACUGCUUGGUUUGAAAUCCAUGGAAGUAUUAAUACUCGCAUGCUUUCUCCAAAAACACGUUAUAAGGUGUACCUUGUGUUCAAGCCGGCAGACGGAAACGAUGGAUUUAGAAAUACAUGUAUAGCAGCUUCUCUGUCUACAACUGCUCCAAGUGGUUUUGCUUCAAGGCAAGAGGUGUACUUGCAGGCAGAAAGUGGAAUUGUAGGAAAUGGUUAUCCGUACCCGGAAAAGAGGGGAGAUAAUUGGUUUGAGGUAGGAUUGGGUGAAAUUGAAUUCACCAAAGAAAGAGGCGGAGAUUUGGAAAUACGUCUUCAGGGGUCCGCUUCAUGCGAUAAGCGCGGUGUAAUCAUUCAAGGCGUGGAGAUCAAGCCUACUUAGGACACAAACAAGAUUUUCUUUCACCUUGUGUAUUUUAUGCGUGGGAGGAACAUUGCUCCUUGUGUUAAAUUAUGGUCAGCUCUAUUAUCGUCUAGGCGUGCUCUUAAAUCUUUAUUUGAACAAUGUAUGGCUAAUUUGUGGAGUUUAAUACUAAGUUUGAAGUGUUUUUUUUUUUUUAACAUGGGAGAACGUGGAGAAAUGAAAAUAAUUUAAUUGC